UUUAAAUCCAAUGAUUUGAAUGUUGGUCUGGACUUCAGAAUGCCAUUUUUUAAUAUACCAUUUGGUAAUCUAUUAAGUUUGACUCGUCCCAGCGAUUCAUCAAGCAAUCUCUUAGGCUUUGGGUUAGAUAGAAGAGCAUUAUCUUCAUUGGCUGCCAUAAUUGUCACUUCUUUACUCUUCUUCCCCAAAGUUUUAGGUGCUAUUGGAUUUGGCAGUGAAAAUAAAGAAUUAUUUAGAGAGAAUGGACAGACAGAUGAUUACCUUGUUAAAAAUGUUAAUAAAGUUUUAUCUGACUUCAACAUUGAUGGUGAUUCCUGCAUACAGACUGCUUUAUGUACAAUUGGCACUGCUCAACGUCAGAGACAGAAAACAAGAAGUACAGGAACAACCACCCAUAUUGAUGUGAUUGAAACAUUGCUGAAUUUAUCAUCAGUUAAGGAUACCUUAAAUAAAACUGGUUGGAGACAAGCUAGAGAGUAUGGUUUUAAUGAUGGUGAUUGUGAUACUUACAAUCCCUAUAAUAAAUGUCCAUUGAAAGCUACAGACUGGAGUCAUCUGCUAACAAAUGUUGGUAAAGUGUUGUAAAUUAAUGAGAAUCAAAUUUAAAGAAAUCAUGAACUUCGGCAGGUCCAUGUUCAUUAUUAUAUAAAAAUAUUUUUUUAAAUUAUAUAUUGACAC